CGCUUCCUCUGCCGUCCCGCUGCCGCCGCGUCCCGCGCUGCCCUCCGCUGCUUCGGCUCCGCUCCGACCUCCUCUCCCCGCAGGGGCUCGUUAGGAACAGCAGCCCCGCGCCGCACAGAGGGGCAAAAAGUUGGAUCGCGUUAUGUUUGCUAUGGGCUUUACCCGCUAAAGCGAUGGUCGCCUUUUCCUUGAAUGCUUUAUCAGUAAAUCUGGCAUGUGCUUUCCCCUUUGCUUUAGAACGAAUGAAAAGUCGUUGGUUUCUUGCUUUGACUGCUCCAUGAGGCGGGCGCUGUUCGGGGUUAUUUCCUUGCAGCUCUCGGCUGUGAGCCGCACGCCUGUCCCGCAACCAGCAGCUGGGGCCCGAGAUCGUGAAGGAAUGAGAAACGUUGCCAUCCAAUGCACUCCUUACAGUGCUUUCCCAGAGGGACGAGGAAAUCGAUGUAAUUCCACCGCAGCGAUCCCUGAGGCUGAUGUCUGUUCUUAGUUACCUGGUGGCAUUGCUCAGUUAGAUUUUUUUGUUUGUUUAAUAAUUCUUUUCUAGGUGAUGAAAGAGAGCCUUGGCAGCGAGUCAGAUGUACCGAAUGAAAAAUGAAGUGCUGGUGCAAGAGCUGGUUCUUUCCAUUCUUCGCUGGGUUUUACAUUUAUUUACAUUUAUUACUCCAUCAUGAGUGCAAGGGAAAAAAAUGUUUUGGCAGGAGUUUCUCGAUCUGAAUGAAACACCCCCUGUGCUAUACUACUUCCAUAAAGUGAUUUUGGUGUUUGUACAGUCAUGAUAUUGCCCUUGUUUGCUUGAUGCUGUCUGUCUGCAGUGUCUGUACGCUCUGCUUUCUCUCUGCACUGCAUGCACGUGGCUCUGCUGCAGCCUCAGUACAGGUGCUGGCUCCUGGUGGCCAUGGCUGUGCUGGGAAAAGUGGGCAACGCAAAUCACAAAGCUCAGCGGUAUAGAAAAGGUCAUUUUAAAACUAUAUUGCCAGAGAGAGAGAAUGCCUGUCUCCCCCAGCUGUGCUCUAACUUCCUUUAAUCUUAUUCUCCUCUUCCUUUAGGAGUGGUAAAUGCUGUUUUAAUUUUGAAGAGGAUAUCCUCAUCGAGUUGUUUUUCUUUUGUUGAUAAAUACAUUCUAGUAUUUAUUUAUUAGAGUUAUUGUUUCUCACAGCAGCCAUCCCAGCCAAGUCCUUUCAGGACAAAUGCCUCCUUGUCACUUCUGGUUUGUGAUUUUUUCCCUGGUGUGCUGCAAUAAUUCAAGUCAUCACAUAAGCCAAUGAAAAAUGUUAUAAAAUCACAGAAUUAGAAGGAUGCUCUAUAUAAUUCUAAUGAUAAAAACCAACAGAGAAAGGGACUAAUUGUCCUUUACAUACAGUUAUUCAACAUAAAGAGAAGCAUGCUGGCCCUAGUACAGUACUGCGCACUAGGGGAGAACAAACCCAGGAACUCCUUCUGCUCACAGAGUAAGAAACAUUGCUCUUAGCUCCGAAUCCUCUUGAUGUGUUUCUGGCAGUGUGAAGAUGAGCUGUGAAGAGAUUGCUGUGUGUGCAGUACGGCUUAGAGAAAACCUCUGCCUCUAUUUUGAAGAUGAUGAGCUGGAAUGUGAUGCCUUUUGUAAGGAAAAAACUAUCAAACGAUUAUUUCGAAACGUCAAUAGCCAGUUGCUUGUGGUUCGUCCAGAUUUAAACAUGGCAGCUUUUGAAGAUGUAACAGAUCAGGAGGUGAAAUCUGGCAGUGGAAUGUACUUCGACAUUCACUGUUACAAGACUACUGCACCUUCAGCAGGGAUGCCCGUCGCAUUCAGCGUCCAGGUAGAAGAUAAGAGUUACUACAUGUGUUGUGAGAAAGAGCAUGGGAAAAUGGUUGUUCGAUUUAGGGAAGGAGAAGUUCCCAAAGACAUUCCUGGUGAAAGUAACAUGAUAUUUUUCAAAAAGACAUUUACAUCUUGCAGCUCCAAAGCCUUUAAGUUUGAGUACUCACUUGAACAAGGAAUGUUCUUGGCCUUUGAGGAAGAAGACUCCUUAAGAAAAUUAAUUUUAAAGAAACUGCCGAGAGAAGACGAAGUCGACGAAACCACAAAGUUUGUAACAAGUCGUAAUGAAAGGCACAACCUAUGAUACAUUUCUACACUCUUAAAAUGUAAUUUGGCUUUUUAUGAAAGAAGUCUAAUUCAUUCAAAAUCCAAAGGAAGACAAUUGUAUAUUUAAUAUAUUUACAUAUAGCCAGCUACAGUAAGACAGUCCAAAAAUGAGCAUUUUCAAAUGCAAAACAAAUGCAAAUUCUUGGGGAAAAGCAGCAGAAGAAUGUUUUCUAGCAAAUGACAACAAAGAGAAUUGCGGAGUGAAUAAACAAGAAUACGCAUGUGUUCAUAAUCCUGUAUUGUUCAAGCUCAACCAUCUUUAGAGCUUGUUGAACAAACAGUUUUGAGGUAAAUGUCUCAUACAUGGAAAAGAUCUAUUGUGGGGAUGGAGAGAAAACAGCUGAAAAAAGAAAGCUGCACAUUUCCUACACCAGACCGUGAAUCUCGACGAUAAACAUGCCAUUACAUUUUUUUUCUUUUUUGCAUUAUUUCCUGUGUCUUCACCUAUUUCAGUUACACAGUGGCAUUGUUACCUUCAACAGAAGUAACAACAAUAGCUUUUACUGUAAACUUAGCAGCAUCUUUUAUUAGAGAACUGGUAACUUACUUGAACAAUUGAAAUUUUAAUAAUGCUGUUUGUCUUCAGAGAAAAUGAAGAAAAUGUAAGGGGUUUUGAUACUUGACAGUAAGCUGCAGAUGACUAUAAAAUGAAACAAACAUUUGUACAUGCAACAGGCUGUUAAUCACAAAGACAGAAAUAGCUAUGGCAAGGAAGCUAUCUUUGUGUAUGACAGCAUAGGACAUGUUGGGGUCGAGCUGUGCACUCUUUCACAUUUGGAGCUGAGCAAACACUGGAAUUCAGCAAAAAUAAGAUACAUGUAACACACUGCAAAUAUUUACUCUCCAGAAAUUGUAUGACUCUCAUCUUCUGUGUAAAGGAGUAAAGGAGGCAUUGUUCCUCCUUUCCUGAGCCAGCUGCAGGCAGUGAUUACCUGGACGCGGUUUGAAGCUGAGGUCCUGGAUCCUCACCUUGCCAGGCAGAAGAAGCAAUUAGAGAGAGGGUACAACUGUCGUAUCUCAUACAGGCAGAAGUAAUCAGAGAAAACAGGAAAGCUCCUGUCAUGAAAUAAAAAAUUCCUCAAAUUUACAGAAGAAAGAAGACAAAUCUCAAUAUUUGUUUCGGUAUUUUAAAAAAUACUAAUACAGAGGCUUUAAAAAAAAGCAGAGGCUGGAGAUGUGGAAGUGCUGUGAUGACUGUGAUGUUGGUUUUCACACUAUGCUGCUUCACCCACCUAGCUGCUGCAGGAAUUCCUAAGGCAAGAAAAGCAGUUCUCUGGAAUCACAUACAGACAUCACUGAAUGUGCAGUAGCUUAGAAAGAGUUUGCUGAAGAGGCUCAAAUUUAAAAAUGCAUUAACAUACACAGACCUGUUUUAAUUUGCCUGAUGAAUAUUCAAAAAAAAGGAUCAAACUGCUAAAGCCAUGAGUAAUUUAGAAAAAAAGAAAAGUACAUGGAACUGGCAGAACUGGAAGACGCGCUUCUCACAGAGGAAGCUGUGGUUGUUACCUUCCCAUUCUGGCCGCAGUAGCAUAGGAAGCUGGUCACAGCACUGCUAGCCUCUAAACCAGUUGUCUGGGCUACUGUGUUACCAGAGCUCUGACAGCUCCCUUCUCACACAACACCUCCUCUCAGACAAGAAUACCAUAUACAGAUACAACCCACGUUUAGUCUGAGAAGAGGAAAUCUCAAUUUCUAUGAUAGCUGCUCAGAUUGUACAGAGCUAUCGAGCUGUGAGUCAUGCACAUGCAUCUUCCUCAAUGCAGCGACAGUGUUCAUCAAUACCUACAUCAGACCAUGUCAGAUGGAAAUCAUCGUCUCAAUUCUGACAGCAAGUCCAGCAAAACAGAAGUGGCCAGCUGCAUAGCGUUUCCCAUGGUUAUAUAAAUGAAGAAAAACAAACAAAAAAAGCCCAAUCAUUUAAAAAAUAUUUUCAUAUAAAUCAUGAAAUUCACAGAAUUCAGCAGCUUACUCAUUCUGUUUAUUGCCUAAUCAAAUGAUGGUAACAUGUCUGUUCCUCUCACUAUUAACAGUACCACAAACGUGCCAUCAGAAUGUGGAACCAACUGCUCCUCACUACUGGGCAAGUCUCAGCAGAAAGCUGAAAAUGGGAAUUGCAUUUUUCCCUCUCAAAUGAUUUCAAAUCUAAAGAUGUGGAAAAGAAUACUGAGCCUGGAGUGAAACCAUGCUAUAAAGGUUUAUGUUCAUUCUCUUUUUGGUCACACAGGAAAAUCUGUAACUGUGGUUAUUUACAAAACAGAAGAUGCUGCAGAUGAACACAGGCCUCAGGUGGAACCAUGAAAUCCAUAUGCUAUUUAUAGCUUCUCAAAUUAACCAACAGAACUCUCUAAGUCAAUACUUGCUGUAUUUUUAUUAUGAACAUCACUCUUGUAGAAAGUCUAUGUUAACUCUUUAGGAAUUAAGGACAACGCAUAUUCAUAAAAAUAUUGCUUGUUUUAUAAUAUUGAAAUGAAUAAAGCAAAGCUAUAACAGCU